CCGGAAAUCCUUCUAAUGAGGUUUCGCAUUUAUGUUAUCCUAUUUGAAACUUGAAGCCGGAUGAACAACUAAGUAGCUAGUGUUUAAGCUAAUAGCAGUUUUCUAUUUAGCGGGAUUUGUGUAUGCGAAAUUAAUAUCUUUGUUUCGUGACUUAGUUUAGUUUACAUUAAGUUGCUUUAAACCGUGUUAUAUUGAUUAGCGUUAGAUUUACAUAGACUGUUUUGAUAGAGUAACUGUUACUUUAUUCAUGAAAAGUAAACUUUGAAUUCAGAAAAAUAAUAUAUUGGCUGUUAUAAACAAAUUACUAUGUGAAAUUGCAGGAUUUACGUUUUUUCUUUGAUUGGAUGUGUGUAUGUUCAAUUUCUUUGUUUAAUAACUUUGUCCUAUAACAUUGCAGGAAUUGUAGCAAAAUGACAACAUCAUCCAUCCAAGACAGCGGUAAUAUGUCUCUGCUGAGCUCAAACUACUCCGAAGAGUUUAUAAAUAGUUACCUCAAGGAACUAGAUCUAAGAACGAUAAACAUCAUGAUACCAGCCAUUGUGUUUCUGAUAGGGAUUGCCGUUCUUGGCGCUGUGGGGAAUUCUCUGGUGCUGUUCUUGUACUGGAGGAAACGGACGUCGAGUCCGAAUAGGAUUUUUAUCCUGACAUUGUCCAGUUUUGAUUUGCUGACCAACGUUUUUGUUGUGCCAGAGGACAUCUACGAUAUGUUUGACUACUGGACAUUCAACAGACCCGCUCUCUGUAAGGUCAGACAUUACCUGUACACCUGCAAUACCAUCGCCUCGGCCCUGGCACUGCUGGCCAUAUGUGUUACUAGGUAUAGAAAAAUAUGCAGACCUUUUGGGAUACAAGUAACGGUAACUCAUGCCAAAAUUGCAUGUUUAGUUCUGACAGUUCUGUCUCUUUUAUUCUCCGUCCCCUCAGCUAUCAUGAACGGCGUCAAAACAGUGAAGACGUACAAAGACGGUAUCUAUGGUUACCAGUGCGGCUACCAAGACGCUUACUUAAAAACAAAAUGGCCGAUGGUCAACGCUGCGUUUUUUAUUCUACUGUUUAUUUUAGUCUGCAUCCCUCUAGUUGUCCUGUACAUCCUUAUAGGUGUCAAAGCCAGGCACCAUAAGAGUCUCAGGAUUAGUUCCGUAGCGUCCAGAAGCUACUCAAGGACCAGUUCUAGUGAAGUCAUGGAAAACGUAUCAAAAUUAACGGAGGAAGUAACCAAUGAAAGUGUGUGCGCAGAGGACGCUAAGACCGAUACCUCUGUUGCAACGAGCAGCUUGGAUACGUGCAAGUGUACGGACGUAGACGAUGAAGUAUUUACUUAUACACGACCUAAACAAGACGAGACUACCAAUUCCAAUGAUAAGUACGCACCAAAUUCUUCUUACAGAAUCCAGUCGGCACCGAAUAAAAAAAUUAAUAAAGGACAAAAUUCAUAUAGAAUGCGAAAGAAAAGUUCAAUUUUCAAGAGAGGUCGCAGUCAAUCCCAAGACUCUACCAUUAGUGUGAGAAAGAGCAACCGCACAACGGUGAUGCUAGCUUCAAUAACCAUGGUCUUUAUCUUGAGUUUUCUCCCCUUUCUGGCCGUGUUGUUCUACAAGUUUGCCGCCCCUGAGAGUUUCAAUCGUCUCAGUCCUGAGGUCGAGUCACUGUGUCACUUGUUGCUGAGGUCAUACCUGCUCAACACGGCAGCAAAUCCGGUUAUCUACAACCUGUGUGACGUCAACUUCCGGAGGGAAUGUUUUAAACUGCUCAAGUUUUGGUAUAGAAAAAUAUGCCAACCUUUUGGAAGACAAGUAACAGUAACUAAUGCCAAAGUGGCGUGUAUCGUUCUCGCAGUUCUGUCCCUUUUAUUCUCCGUCCCCACAGCUAUCAUGAACGGCGUCAAAACAGUGAAGACGUCCAAAGACGGUAUCUAUGGUUUCCAGUGCGGCUACCAAGACGCUUACUUAAAAACAAAAUGGCCAAUGGUCAACGCUGCGUUUUUCAUUCUGCUGUUUAUUUUAGUCUGCUUCCCUUUAGUUGUCCUGUACAUCCUUAUAGGUGUCAAAGCCAGGCACCAUAAGAGUCUCAGGAUUAGUUCCGUAGCGUCUAAGAGCUACUCAAUGACCAGUUCAAGUGAAGUCAGGGAAAACGUAUCGAAAUUAACGGAGGAGGUAACCAAAGAAAGUGUGUGCGCACAGGACGCUAAGACCGAAACCUCUAAUGCAACGAGCAGCUUGGAUACGUGCAAGUGUACGGACCUAAAAGACGAAGUAUUUACUAAUACACGACCUAAACUAGACGAGACUACCAAUUCAUGUGAUAAGUACGCAUCAAAUUCUUCUUACAGAAUCCAUUCGGCACCGAAUAAACAAAUUAAUAAAAGACAAAAUUCAUAUAGAAUGCGAAAGAAAAGUUCAAUUUUAAAGAGAGGUCGCAGUGAAUCCCAAGACUCUACCAUUAGUGUGAGAAAAAGCAACCGCACUACGGUGAUGCUAGCUUCGAUAACCAUGGUCUUUAUUCUGAGUUUCCUCCCCUUUCUGGCGGUGCUGUUCUACAAGUUUGCCGCCCCUGACAGUUUCAAUCGUCUCAGUCCUGUGGCCGAGUCACUGUGUCACUUGUUGCUGAGGUCAUACUUGCUCAACACGGCAGCCAAUCCGGUCAUCUACAACCUGUGUGACGUCAACUUCCGGAGGGAGUGUUUUAAACUGCUCAAGUUCUGGUAG